UGAUGAUCCGCGUGCUAUUGAACUCUCUGCCUACUGCCCCCGUCUCUCUGUCUCUUUCCGCAUCCGCAGCUUGUUAAUUGGAAAUAUGGCCGAGGCUGAAGCUUUGUCCGCACCCUCCCCCUUCAAAUCUGACAAAGGAAGGAAGAGAUGGUUUCCGCUUGAGUCCAACCCUGAUGUGAUGAACAAGUACAUCGCCAAGAUGGGGUGGCCGGCGGGAGCGUACAGUUUUACAGAUGUGUAUAGCACGGAGGACUGGGCGCUUGCGAUGGUGCCACAGCCGGUCCUGGGCGUGGUGAUGCUGUUUCCGAUCAAAGAGUCUACCGAGAAGCACCGUGAGGAGGAGGCGGCGCGGGUCCGGGAAUCAACAGAGUCGCUCAACCCCAAGCUGUACUUCAUGAAGCAAACGGUUGGCAAUGCCUGCGGGACUGUCGGGUUACUGCACUGCGCGCUGAACGCCUCCAUUUCCAAGGGAAUCACGCUUGACAAAGAGUGUUUCUUGCACCGGUUUUGGGAGAAGACGAGACAGCUUACGCCGGCGCAAAUCGCACAGGCUCUGCAUGACGAGGAUGAACUGGAGGAGGUUCAUGAAGAAGCCGCUCAAGAAGGACAGAGUGAUCAGAUCGCCCGCGAGGAGAAAAUCAACACCCAUUUCGUGUGCCUCACUGAAAUGGACGGUACCCUUUACGAGCUUGACGGGCGCAAGGAAGGCCCAGUCCCGCACGGAUCCACGUCUCCAGCCACCCUGUUGCAAGACGCGUGCGCGGUGGUGAAACAGUUUAUGGAUAGGGACCCGGGCGAGCUAAGGCAAGUUCACCAUCGUAGCUCUGGCGCCGGCUGCGACCGACGAUGCAUGAGCUAAGAGUGGUGGUGUGAUGUAGCAUACGCAACCUGCUCUUAACUUGAGCAGUGCGGUGUAGGCCUGAAGGAGCCAGGAACGCUAAGCGGGCGACACUGCGAAUAUCUCACUUCGCAGAUGUUUUAAGCACAAGGAAAGGUGUCUCUGGGCGGGAGGAGUGCGGCAUUGUGUACAGCAGAUGGAGGAGAGAACGACGAGUGUUUAGCUUGGCUCAAUGUACCUGCCGAGUAGCUGGAACGAGGGGUGGAUCCCUUGUACCACGACUCUCGAGCCUCAAGAACGAACUUAGAGUGAGAGUGCACACUCCUUGUUCUGAACAAUGUAUGGUCUCGUGCAUGUGCACGCAGUUGCUCUUCGAAACGGGUGGGUCGAUUUGCAAACCACCAGUUAAUCUUGAAUAAGUAAACCAAACUUGCCCUAGACACCGAUCGGUGUUGAACCUCCUGAGAUCGCGAAAUGGCUCCUUUUGCGCUUUUUUCGUUUGCCAAUACUUUCGUUUUGAACAUGCCAGCGUGCAAGAGCAGCUCCCUGUUCUCCCCACUACGGCAACUAGGCUUGCAAUAUGGUGUCGUCCUGCGGCGCACGGAUAAUUCAUUGAUAUGUGUGCACUGCACCGAAUCCCUACACUGGCUUCUUGUAGCUGAAACGUCCUCUUGGCGCGACCGGUAUCGAGCAUGUAGCGGUGACUGCACUGAGGUUACCUGGGUAGCCACAUGUUUGAAACAUGUAUACCGUGCUGGGCAAGGGAAGCUCUGCCUGUAUCAACAUUCUCUACCACUUGAUGUAUGCAAACUAAAUGUAUGCAAAUCGCAUCCGUCCCUGGUGCUGAUGUUUCAAAAUGUUGGGUCGAGUGCCCGCCUGGAAAGGAAAAUAUAGCACGCCAGGAGUAUUCUGCCAUCCGCACUCGUCGGACACCAUCGACAGCUCUUCCAGUAACAACCCCACUAGCGGUGACCAAGCGGCUAGGAAAUAAUACUGCAUGCCGUGCUGGACCAGGGCACCGCUGCUUACAUCAAUGCUCCGUACCACUUGUGACUGACCGUGUAUGCAAAUCCCAUCCCACAUCUUUUACAAAAUCUUGAGUCACGCGUGCCCUAAAACGAAAAAAUACGCUAGUCGGCCACCGCCGAAAGUCUUCCUAAAACAACACAACAUCAACAACCUUAACGAUUUUUCUGUUCUUUUGUCUCCGGCCCAUUCUGCUCGGGAAGGCAGCCUGUUGCACACUGAAAUAAUCCGCCACAACGAGAGCCAACACUUGACACUUUUGUCCCACCGCCACGAAAACCAAAGUCAGAGUUGCGGCACAAGUAGAUCGUUGACCUAAACUUGGUUCUCGCCACGAAAGCAGCUCCCGAAUCGUGUCAAAUGUAACAGAACAUCCAGCUGGUGAGCCUUGCCUUUCGUGAUAGGGCGCUGCAGCACCGAGGAGACUCUACGUUACAGCAGCCUAGAUGGUUGGAGCACGCAAAAAGAGUACAGUCAGAUUUUCAAGAUUCGGUUCAGGGAGAAGCAGCUCCGGCAGCAAACGGGGGUUUGCCAUCAGCUGCUCCUAAAGCAGACGGGGGGCUCCCACCAGCUGGACCGGCAGCAGUCGAGGGGCUAUGUUCGUCCAACCAGCACAUGUCGCACCAGGCGGUCACCGCGUCGUCGGCUGUCUCGUUCAAGGCGUCUAAGCCUGACCAAAACGUAAGGAAAUCGUCAUUUAGAGCUUGUAUGGAGCCGUGGUCUUCGAACGUUGGGGCAGCCUCACGACCCUUUCCGCCGCAGGAGUCGUCGAUUCCAUUGCUUUCGCCAUCGAUAGCGAGAGCGGGGGCCGCUACGGGAUGAAGGAGCCGCCCGUUCACAACGUAGUCCAA